UUGCAGACCUAAGGGUAGUUUUUUCCUCAGACCUCCUCCUCACUUGUUGUUACAUGUGAGCAAUAAACUACAGCUGCUCCAUUGUUCUGUGGUUCUGCCUGCACACUUGUCAGGGUUGGAGCUACAGGAAUUGGACUUCAAACAUCCGUUUUCAUUCGCCCUGAGCUUAUUUUCGAGGAUAUGGAUGAGCAAAACAAAAUUUUACCCCGGCCCAUCUUCCGCAGAGAUGUGAGCUGGGAACCUUUCCCGAACUGGACUCAGCCAAGCCGCAUCUUUGCUCAAGAUUUCGGGCUCCCUCCUUUGCUGGAACCCAUUGACCUCGACUGGCUUGACUGGGCAAAGAAGAGGCUAACUUCUUUUUCCUGGCCGGGUUACACUCAGUCCCCACUUCUACCUCCGUUCACCGGCCGUCACCACAGUGAGCAGGACCAGAAGAAGUUAAGACACCUGACGAGUGGUGUGUCAGAGAUCCAAACCGGGCAGAACAGCUGGAAAAUUAGCCUAGAUGUCAGUCACUUUUCACCAGAUGAGAUAACAAUCACAACCAAGGAUGGGUACUUGCAAAUAUCAGGAACUCAUAAAGAGAGGCAGGAUGAGCAUGGAGUGGUUUCCAGGUGCUUCAACCGUAAAUAUAAGUUGCCACAGGGAGCUGAUUUGAGACACAUCAAUUCAGCGCUGUCUGAUGGAGUCCUUUCCGUAGAGACUCCCGUCUCUGGCACAUCUGUCAGCAACCCGAGUAGCGAGAUUGUUGUCCCAGUUCAGAUCAAACAGACAGAAGACGGUGAGAAGUGAACAAAAGACCCAACUGUGUGAUGUAGCAUUUUUGUGGCAGACAUAGAGAAAGGGAAACUAAAUUGUUGCAUCUUUUUUUAUGAUUAUUUAGUAAGUUUGCUUACGUUAUAUAUUGUAGUUUAUCGGCUUCUGUAGAUUAAUAUGAAACUUUUGUUUUUAAAGUCAGAUGAACACAUCCCAAACCUUUCUUCUCUGAAGCACAAAAACAGAUUUUAGCACAGGUUAGUUUUCUGAAUUCUUCAGCCAUUCUGUUAAGGUGAAUCAUCUUCAUAAUGCUGCCAUGAUAUCAUAUAAUCUACAAGUGUGAUAAAAUAACUUUGGCAAUGGCAAAAAUAAAUACAACAGUUUAAUAACUA